UUUCUGUGAACAAGACAAUGAAUUCACCUUGAGAGAGAAAGUAGCAGAUUCCCAUUUUUAAUCUCAAUUUUUUUGCUUUCUCUCUUUAUUUUAUUUGUAUAAAAGAACUUGUUGUAAGUUAGUGCAGCUUCAUGUUUUGAAGGUUGUCUGCUUGGAUCAGUUUUCAUUCAGACAUUUUUUAAAACAGGUAGAGAUGGAGCAUAGUUUCUUGGAGGAGUUAUUGGCUCCAAGAAGAGACAGUUGGACCACUUUUUCAAAUGGGAUGGCCGAGUUCUUCCCCGAUGGAUGGAACUUGGAUUCUUUUAAUGAAAAUCCAACAUUGGCUACAACACCAAAUCUUUCCUUUCUAGGGUUAUCUACAACCAAUGAAAACCCAAGCUUUGAGUGUCCUUUCAAUGACAAACCCUACGCUUUAGCUGCUGAUGGAUUCCAGGUGGAAUCUUCGGCCUCCAUUUUUCCAGCUGCUCAUGAAGACUACCCAUCAAUGGUUGACGAUGAAUAUCGGUUUGGCCUUCUUCAACAACAUAGCUUGGAGGAAACCAAGAGUAGUUGCAAAGUUGAGAUGGAACAAACCAGCAACAUUCAGGGUUUCAACAUGGGCUUGUUUGUGGAGAGGAAGACCAAGAGUAAGAGGCUUGAAGGUCACCCUUCAAAGAAUCUAAUGGCGGAGAGAAGAAGAAGGAAGAGACUAAAUGACAGGCUUUCAAUGCUCAGAUCAAUAGUCCCCAAGAUCAGCAAGAUGGAUAGAACAUCUAUACUUGGAGACACCAUUGAUUACAUGAAAGAGCUUCUAGAGAGGAUCAAAAAGCUACAGCAAGAUGAAACAAGAGUGGGGUUUAAUCAUUUCAGUCCAUUGAACAACAUGAAGGAGCUAAAGCCAAAUGAAAUGUCGGUGAGGAAUUCCCCCAAGCUUGAUGUAGAGAGGAGUGAAACUGACACUCGAAUCGAUAUUCGGUGUUCAACCAAACCAGGGUUGCUGCUAUCUACAGUGAACACAUUGGAAGCACUAGGCCUUGAGAUCCAACAGUGUGUCAUAAGUUGCUUCAAUGAUUUUUCAAUGCAAGCUUCUUGCUCAGAGGCUGCAGAGCAAAGGAAAUUAAUGAGCUCUGAAGAUAUAAAGCAAGCAUUAUUCAGAAAUGAAGGCUAUGGAGGAGCAUGUCUGUAGAGUAAUGAAGAGGAUCAUAAGAUUUUCAUCCAACAAAGCCUUGAGAGGCGACAUUUAUCAGAAUUUGUUCUUCAAGGUCAAGGAUCAAUGCAAGUGAGAAUCUGAAACAACAAUGUCCUAUUCAUAAUGUUCUGUUCAUUUAUCAUGAAUUAAUGUACCCCUGUUGGAGCAUGCUAUAAUAUGACUAUCGUUUUCAUCUUUUUUUAUCACUGUUAAAUGGUUGAAAAAAGAAAACAUUCUGUUCAUAUUUUAAAGGAACAAGAGUGUAUUUGAGAGAAAAGUAGGCAGAGAUUAGCGGUCUAUUAA